AAGAAACCGGGUUCAGCAAAACCGGAUUAUUGGAUGGUCCCUUUCAAUCUGUUCAAUGCUUGUUUACAGAUGUGUUUAUCUUGAUUAUUUUCAUCUUCUACAUUUUUUCGUCCUUUUUUUCAAUUUAUUUAAAUUUGUCAGUUCUAAAUGUUUACUUUGAUCAUAAUUAUUGAUCAUUAAGUGUAUCAUUUAUUUGAUAUUAACUAUACUGUGGCUGUUUAUCUAAUUCACCAUCUCCAACAAGCGGAUUUUUUUUGUCUACUUCUUUGAAACUCUUAUUUAGUUCUCUUUUUUCUUGCCUUUUCGUAUUUUUUGCUUGGUGUUUUUAAAAAUUCAACUAUCGAUUCUAAUUAUAAAAGUAUCUAUUGAUUGUUGACCAAGUGUUCUUGACAAUCAACUAUUUCGUAACCAUCUUCUCCAUCUCGAAGCAAACCACCAGACCAUUUUAUUGCCAACCAAGCAGCUCUACUUCAGUGUUAUUAUUAAGAAAAACAACAACAUUAGCACAACUUGCAGAAUCAAUAACAAUGGAUUACUAAUUGAUAGCUAUUGGUUUUAGCGAUCCAUCUUUAGGCCGAAAAAAAUCUGAUAUUAAGAUUUGAGAAUAUCUAUUCUUAUCCUUAUCUUUACUCAACAUUACUGUGAAUCAACAAAUAUACAUAUCCAUAUUGCAAUAUCUUCCUCACAAGUAUAUACAAAUAUGUCUGGAUUUACAAGUCAACAAUUGGAGAAACGUUUGGGUGAUUUGAAUAGCUCAGCGCAAACAAUACAGACCUUUUCGUUAUGGUUGAUCCAUCAUCGUAAACAUCACAAAUUAAUUGUACAAACCUGGUUCAAAGAGCUUAAAAAAGCGACUAUUAGUCGAAAAUUGACCUUCAUGUAUUUAGCCAAUGAUGUUAUUCAGAACAGUCGGAAAAAGGGGCCUGAAUUUACCAAAGAGUUUGCCGGAGCCUUGAAAGCAGCAUUUGCAGCAGUUGCUAAAGAGGCUGACGAAAAAACCUGGAAAGGCUUGGAAAGGAUACUUGCUGUUUGGGGUGAAAGAAAUAUUUAUGACAGUAAUCAAAUUUCUGAAUGGCGUAAAGCCAUAGAUGAUUUCAAACCAUCUAAAAAUGGCUCUACUGACGAAAAUAAUGGACCCACCAAAAAAGAGCGCACAUCAACACCUGUCGCCAACGAUGCUAAAAGGUUCAAAGCAUCUCAUAAAAGUAACAUCUCUAAAACAACAGCUAACACAAACUCAUCAUCCAUCAAAAACACUUCAUCAUAUUCCACCACAGGCGCAAAAAAUAGCAUGAAAAAAGCAAUCUCGAAGCAAUCGGACAAUAAUGGAACCAAAAUUGAACGGAGCGUUAAAUUCGAUGACUCAAAGUUAACUGUCAAUGAAACAUCAAUAGCAAAAGUGAUUGACCCAGAAGAGCUAAUUUCAGCUUUACAUGAACUUGAACAUUCAGCUUCAAGUGAUGCAAAUGUUCGAGAAAAAAUCGCCUCUCUACCUCCCGAAGUAUCAGAUGCUAGUCUUCUCAAAAAGAUACGUGAUAAGGACGCAGCGGAAAGGUUACAACGCCAAGUGAAUGAGGCCUGUAUCAUUCUUGCUGACUACAAUAAUCGUCUUGCUCUUGAGCUUGAAGAAAGAAAAAAAAUUUCCAAUAUGCUUUAUGCUUUCGUAAAAAAUCAAAAAGACUCUUUAACUUUGGCCGAACAACGUCUCGCUGAAUUCAAAGAGAAACUACAAUCUGUUAGUCAAGUCCGUGAUGAACUUAAAUCACAUCUUCAAAAUUUACCUGAUCUUAGUCUUUUACCUUCCAUUAGCGGUGGUCUCGCACCUUUACCUUCAGCUGGAGAUUUAUUUUCCAUUGCUGCAGCCAAAGCAGCAAUGUCAAUGUCAAUGUCAGCAAACUCAUCCAUGGGAUCAACCAGUUCAGCCUCACCAAAUACUGCAUCACCUGCCGAUUAUGGUACUCCAACUAGCACAGGUACACCCAAUAGUGGUACAGAGGAAGGUUACUCUACAAGAAGCUAACUCGCCCCUCUUGACCAUUCAUCAUCUCCAUUAUGAAAGAUAAAUUCUCAGUUAUCUUUCGAAUCACCUUAAUUGCCCUACUUUCCUAUUUCAUUGAUAUUUCCAAAUCAUAACCUCAUCAAACCUGGAGCAAUGUUUUUCUUUUUUGUGGGCUUCUAUACAUAUAUUUUUCUUAAACCCCUUUUUUGUAACAACAUUACAUUAUUUUUCGCCUUCUCCUUUAUCGUUCUCCUAUUUUCCAAAAAUUAGCCAAGACUGGUUAUGUAAAUAUAUAUACACAAAAAACUGUAAAGAGACACACAAAUAAGAGAAUCUAUUGUAAUUUAUCAUAAUGUCUGAAACUGUUGCCAAUAAAACAACUAUUGAAAUUAUAA